AUGGGCAUUUGCAGCUCAAGCGACUCUACCUCUGUGUCUGUUGUCACAGCCAAGGUGAUUCUCCAGGACGGGCAGCUUCAAGAAUUCUCAAACCCAGUUAAGGUCUCGCACGUGCUUCAAAAGAGUCCCACGUGCUUCAUAUGCGACUCCGACGACAUGGAUUUUGGAGGCUUUGUUAGGGCCGUGAAUGGGGACGAAGAGCUUCAGCUCGGUCAGCUUUAUUUUGUGUUGCCGUUGAGCUGGCUGAGCAGGCCGCUUCGAGCCGAGCAGAUGGCUGCUUUGGCUGUUAGGGCAAGCUUGGCGCUUGGAAAUAUGAGACGGAGGAAGCGAUGUUUUGUGGGUAGACGUAAAAGGGUCAAUCAAGUUGUGUUUACUAUUAAGAAGAAGGAAGAGCCUAGCCGGAUGGUGGCCAUGGGCAGUUAUGGUGGCAGCCCGAGCGUCGCUGGACGUCGAGAAGUUGUGAGGAAAAGGAGAGGGAGAGGCCGCGUGCGGCACAGUCAUGGUGGUGGUAAUGGAGGAGGUGGUGGCUUUGUGACAAGGUUGAGUGUGAUUUUAGAGGAUGAGGAUAUGGAGGGUGCAUGA